AUGACCCCGGUCACGUGGGGCUGCCGAAGGGGAGAUGGGGAGACCUGGACCCUGCGCCUGGGUCCUGCGGCUGCUGCUCGGGCUGGCGGCCUGGCGGGGCGGCGCGGCGGGGCGGAGCGCGGGCCUGCUCCUCCCCUGACUUCUCCUGUUCCCCCCACCCCCCAGCUAUGCAGCUGCUGCCCGGGCCCGGUGCGGAACGGCUCCAGCGUGGCCAGUUACUGCGCGGCGCGCCCGGCCUUGGAGCUGCAGGGGCGCUGCUGUCUCAGCAGGGAGCCGGAGCCGGAGCCAGGCGUCAUCGUGGGGCUGGAUCUGGGCAACUGCUCCCUGCUGUCCCUCUGUGCUGGGUUCCCAGAUGCCAGCACUGCUGUUGUCAUUGACCUGACUGAGAACCCCUUGGAGAACAUCCCCAACGCCUCCUUCCAGGGCUUCACCAGGCUGCAGAGCAUAUCCCUGCCGCGUGCCCUGGAGUGCCCUGGAGGGAGCAUGGCCUGGGACCUCAACACCACCCACGGGGACAGCCGGACCUGCCAGGGACAGAGGAACCUCUGCAACAGCUCGGGGGAGCUUGCCUGGCUGUGCCCAGAGAACUCCCAGUGCAGCCCCGACGGACCCGGGCUUGUCCAGUGCCUGUGCUCAGGGAGCUACCAUGGCUACAAGUGUCUGCGUGAGGGCACCUUUCCCCUACUGCUCUUCUAUGGGACCCUGGGAGCUGUGACGACCACCCUGUCCCUCCUGGCCUGGGGCAGCCAGCGCCGGAAAGCCAAGGCCUCCUGAACCCCUCCUGCAGGACAGGGAAAGGGCAGAGUCCGGGCUGGGGGACCUGCACGGGGGCUUCUGCCCAGCCACUGAACUUGGCGUGGUG